GUGAUUGAUUAAUAUGGACAAAAAAAAGUCAUGGAUCUGUUGUAGCACUUCAAUUUCCCAAUAGCCGAAAAAUUCUUCACAUUUUGAAAUCCAAGAAACAUCCUAAACGAAGCAAAGUAGUACCUACGAAAUUUGCUACGUGUUUACUUUACAAGGACACCUUUAAAAAGAUUAUUUAUGAACAUCUUGAUAUACUGAUGAUACAAUACGCGGCUUAUUUUUAUCCAACCUUGGAUAAAUUUGGUAAAGGAAAAUCCGGCGCUGACCUUGAACGUAUCAUGCGAAGUCGAGGUAUUGGUUUUUAUGCUCUGUGUGAAUUAAAGGGAGAUCAACGGCAUGAUUCUGAUAAACGUGUGAAACUCGUCAUGAAACAAAACCGUGAAGUUUACACUAAAUACAAUAAGGAAGAUCUUUGGGUCAUUUCUCGUUUACCUACCUUUGAAUCCAGUCAGACUUUUUUAGCCAAGAGUACUUAUUUUGGCCCGUUUGCUGAUGGUACCUUGGAUUUGGAUUGUCUCUCUCCACGUGAUGUAAGAGUAGCCACGGGUAUGGCUAAUCAACGCGUGUAUGCUUUACGUACAGUCUCUGCAAGUACCGAGUUGAUGAUGUUGGAAACAUUAGAAGAGAAAAUGGAUCGAUUACCCUUGUUACCGUAUAUUUUAAAUACGGGAGGAAAGAAGAAAAAGGAUCCUUUACCAGUGAUGGAUUGUAUUAUAAUUAAAAGAGAGGAUGGUAUUGAUGUGGAACGAAAGUUGAGUGAGACUGUGGCUUUGCAUCAUUUAAAUGAGGAUCAAGAAAGGUGAGUGAUACACAGUGGAAAAAAGGGGGGAAGGGGGGUAAAAUAUAUACUGAUGAACCCGGAAAAAAAAAAUAGGGUUUUACGAAAUGUAGCGAAAUCCGUGAUUAUAGCACCGGGUUGGAACGAUGUGCCUGAGCAUCCUAUUGUUCUCGUGCACGGCGUAUACGGAUCCGGGAAAAGUUUUUUAGCGGCUGUGAUGAUUAUGUUUAUCCAGGAUAUAGUG